AAGAAAGUCGGCGCCGACCAAAAAAUCGCAAACGCACGCCAAGCCCCGCGCCCGAUAUUUCCCAUGCAGUCCCGUGAUGUCAAUCAUCACCAGCAGCAAUCCUGGAGCAGCAAGCUGAAGCCGGAGUGAGCUGCCAGAAUGUCGCCGGCCCUGUCUGUCCCCGUCCCCGUUCUCUUUCUGCAGAAGCUGAGCAAGGAACUGGCCGCCUGCGUCCCUGCCAAUGGCGCAUCUGUCUCGGAUGAAAGCGUAAAGAGCCUUUCCGAUCUGCUGGAUGCACUGGUCGAGACCGCCGCCCUGGUCAACAUCACGGCAUCGCACAGGGCAGGCGCCUGCAACCCUCUCUGCUCCCUGCUCGAAAAAUGUCAGGCUUCGUCUCACAAGAGCAUUUCCUCCUUGAUCUGGACGAAAAACAUCUGGAGAAACCUCUUCGAUAUUUUUCUGGACCGCGUCGACAACUCCAAGCCCAAGUCCUCGAGGCAGGUCUUGGUUCUUCUGACCUCUUUGCUCCUGAAAGAUGGAACUUCUAGGGCGCAGGAGCUGCGUGACGAGACAACUCUCAAAUUGUUCGAGAUCCUGUUCACAGAGGGCGACCAUUCCAGAGUUAAGCCUGCCCUGCAGGCACUGGCCCAUUUCGUGCAAAAAGAGUUGAUGUCUGUCGAUGAGCUGCUCACCAAGUUUGACCAAUGGCGCUCCGGCCGUGUAGUUCUGUGUCAGCAGUUCUCCGGAGCCAACAGUGCACCAAAAGCAUUCAUUUUUGGCAUCAUGAACUGGGUAUCACACCAAGAUACGACUCCAGCAGCCGGAAACAUGAUCUGCACUGUUCUCAAUUACGGCCGUCAGCAGAAGGUGGAACAAAUGAUUACCGCAAAUGCACAAGCUCCGGUGUGGGUUGAACCGUUGGAGUCCACUAUACGUAGGAAUCCGGACUCACUGCACAACUUUAAGAGCCAUGUCUUUCCCGAUCUGUUCAAGCCAAUGCUUUCCGAUUACCUGCAAUUUUUGGAGUACCUACAUUUGGAUAACCAUGUUCGCUUGAGGCCGAGCACAGGUCAAGAACACGAACAGUCUGAUGAACUGGAAGCGUCACUGUUGUUCAAUGCGUUGCAGGUCGGGAAAGACAUAGGAAUCGUUGUAGAAGUCGACUACCGAAAAUGCCCCAGGAUAGAGAUCCGUGACGGGAAGGUAUCGAUUCCAGACAGGCUCUUGGGAAGGCUUUUAUGCCAUGAACGACCAGAGACCAGACUAGCAGCUCUCUAUCUGCUCGUCACGACCGUGGCAGUAACGCGGCCCUUUACUGUCGAGACUUUCAACUUGCUCAAGCGCAAUUUGCCCUACCUCCACGCUGACACCGACGCCAACUUCCGUGGUGAAAUCGCCAGUCUUACUCUGCAAAUGGUUGAUCGACUGCGCGCCGCCAUUGCGCAUCUCAGCAAAGGCAACGAGGGAAGACCUAGAGCAAGCAAACGAGCCAAGACAUCAGCACAGGAUGUCUCUGUCGCUCCUGCUGUAGACAUCAUUGAUACAGCUGCGAUCUUGAAAGCUCAUACCGAAUUCAUCAAAUGGUUUCUCCAGUUCUUGACAUCUGAGCUCCAUCCCACCGCGGCAUACCAACGCCAUGUGUCCGCACUUAAAUCACUGACACAUGUCAUGAAAUCGGGAUUGGAUCCAACGGUACCACAGAAGGCUCUAUCCAAAGCGGCGCAGGAGCAAAUUAAGUGGCCAUACCACAUUGUUAUCCUUACCCCCGAGCUAGUUCGCGUACUGUUCGAUCUCAUGAUGGAUCCUUUUGACGAUGUCCGUCAUGCUGCCUCGCUCUUACUGAAGCUUGGAUCUCUGGAGAAGUCAAAGACCGACCAGAGGCAACCGAGCGGGCCUGUUCUGAACCAGAAAGCUGAGAACGCCGAUCCGGCGACCCUUAUUGAACAUGCUUUCUCGCAGUUUUUGGAGAGGGCUGAGAAGAUCAUGCUGCGUAGUGGGCGGGCUGAUCAUGCAGAUGGCGUGGCUCGCGCGUACGAGCUCUUGUUUGAGAGGCGUGGUGGAGAACUUGGGCCGGAUUCUCGCGCGGCGAAAGCGCCUGUGGAGUGGAUGAGGACGCGCCAAGGCAUUGUUGACCAUCUGAUGCAGAUGCUAGACGCUACUAUUUCUGCGGCAAGUAGCAACCUGUCUAUUGCUGUCAACCAGUAUCCUAUGCAUGGUAUCCUGUCUGGGCUGAGAUACAUUGUUGAUCAGCCAGAGUUCUACGGCACAAUGGCUCAGAUGGAUGCUCAAGAGAUUGAGCAGUGGAAGGCACUUCACAGCCGUAUGCUUGUCGGCCUUCGGUCGAUCUGGACAUGUGUAAGGGAUGUACUCUGCAAUGAUGCUCCUGAAGGCCAUGUACCGGAUGACAUGGAGGAGGAGCCUGAUUUGACGACCAAGGAUAUCCUCAGCUAUUCUUGGAGAGCCCUUAAGGAGGCAAGUUCAUUGCUGCGCGUGAUUGUUUCCAAGGCACCUUUCGAGCUGUCCAACGGGGCUGUCAUUCUCGAAAGUUCAGACUUUGAAAGUUUGGGUAAGCUCUGUUUUGUGCAGUUGGCUGAGCUCCGCCAUCGCGGUGCCUUCUCAACUGUAGCCCAAACUUUUGCAGCUUGCUGUUUGCGUUGCAGCCGGUCAAAGAACGGCGAGAUUCGUGGGUUGCUCGUGCGGUGGUAUGAGGAAACUCUCCUCUGCAUCAGAGACAAGGGUGCUAUGAUUACCCGGCGCUCGGCAGGCUUACCUUCUCUUAUCACUGGUAUCUGUUGCGCUGCACCUGAAGGCCCUCUGUUCGAGCGCAUCAUGAGAGAUCUCAAGUACGAAGCAAGUCAAGAAGGAGAAAACUCCAACAUCGAUGGCAGCCACCUUCCUCAAGUUCAUGCACUCAACUGCCUUAAAGACGUCUUCACGAACACUAGACUUGCGCAGCCUUCGGAGCCGCAUAUUGGUGAGGCUCUAUCGCUGGCUGGAAGCAGACUGGAGUCCAACGUGUGGGCAAUUCGUAACUGUGGCUUGAUGCUCUUCCGCGCCCUUAUCGACCGCCUUUUGGGUAGCGGUACGACACAAAAUUGGAAGGAAACGGACCGCCUCAAGGUUUCUCGUCUCUCUUACAAGCGCUACCCCAACCUGCUGGACAUCAUUGUCCAGCUCUUGACCCCUAGGACCGAAUCCGGAAAUGUCGGGACACAAGACCUUACAGCGACUGCUCUUGAGGGUGUCUUCCCUGCACUUCAGAUUCUGCAGCGUGCUAGGCCUCCGGUCGACAGACGGUCUGAGGUGCAGCAGUUGGUGUUGGCGCUGACGGGAAGCACCCAUUGGCAUGUUCGCGAUAUGGCUGCCCGGACGAUUGCGGCGCUGCUUGGUCAAGAGGAGCGGGUUGAGUGGGUUCUUGCGCUGCUGGAAUCGGAAUUCUUGGGACAGAAUGGCCUGCAUGGUAUGCUCUCGACUGUUAAGUAUCUCGUGAAGCAGUCAUGCGAGGAGGGCGAUAAGGACCUCAAGGAUGAUCUCGAUCUUUUCUGUUUUGCCAUGUCUGAGCAGUAUGAACGCCUCUUCAAGAAGAACAACUGCUCUUACACCAAGGGUGCUUAUGUCGACAUCCUCAAUCUGAUCCUCACUCACGCUAUCAUGAACAAGCUUCCUAUAGGAUACUACGAUGGUCUUCUGGAAGAUUGGGAUGAGAUAGUGUGCCACCAAGCGAAGACUGUGGGAACUUCACCCUUAAGACGAGCGCUUACACUGGGCAGCUGCCUUGAGAAGAUCCACAAGUCUUUGACAGGAACCAGUCGCACGGCCCAGGUAGGAGAACUGAGCAAGGACUUGUUGCAUUUCUACCACGGCCACGAAAAAUCGGACAGCAUAGCGGGUACCAGUAUCAUUGUGGUAGAGGGCCUGGCUCCUGUUCUGUCUCCAAUUAUUGCCCAAUCUUCCAAGGAAUUCCAAGGUUCCAUCGCAAAGUUCUUUUGGGCAGUAGGGAACGAUACCGACAAUGUUGAGCGCGCCGCGGCAGCUCGCCAGGCAUUGGCUGAGCUCGUUGACAACGGACUUCCAGUCUCUUCUCUGGAGGCUGCACGCAAGGUGAACUCUGAGAACCCCGACCUGGUUUCCUUGCCGAUGGGACACGAUUCACCUUCGUUCGCCGAAGGGACCUUGCGCUUGACAGGGCCAAUCUUGGACUUGAGGAGUCGUGAGGAAAAACCUGAAAAGCUUGUGUCAGAACUCCAAAACUUCGUGUGUAGAUUGGAGUGCGACCUGCACGAGGAAAACCCUUUCCCAACUCGGUAUGCUGCCGUAUCCUCUCUAGCAGCGCUAGAAUAUAUUUGGACGCGCGACUGGAGAGGCACUGCGCUCGAGCAGCCCAUCCUCGACCUCAGUCUCGUGGUCUACGCCGCCCUCAACGACGACGAAGAUGAGAUCCGCGACGUCGCCGCCUCCGUCGUACCUCGCAUCAUCGCCGGGCCGCGUUACACCCCCUCAGCCAAAACAGUGGUCCCGCUCACGGCGGCGCGCAAAUUGUCGCUGCGCCUAGCGCACACGUACGCGCAAAGCGAGCGUCUGUGUCGCGCCGCCGUCGAGAAGAUGCUCGACAGCGAGAGCGGCAAAGAGGACAAUGCGCCCAAGGCGCUGGCACUGAGCGUGCAGGCGCUACUAGAGCGCGCACGCAAGGAGAGCACGGCACUGUUUGCGCGUGAAAAGCAGAACCUUUUCGUGGAUCCCGUGCGCGAGGCCGUGGUGUGGUGCGCUGCACUGGAGCAGCUCGCGCCGGCGGCGGUGCCGCGGGACUUGGCGCGUACGCUGGGUGAAUGGGUUGUUCGCGGGUUGGCGGUUCUGACUGAGACGGCGAAGCGUGAUCACGAUGGCGCGUUGGGGUGGGCGAGCAAGGCCGAGGUGUGGACGCUAGGGAUGCGGGUACUGUGUGCAGCAGAUGUGUUGCUGGCUUGGCGGGCGAAGACAAGGAGAGUGAGGGUUAAGAGCUCUAGUGUUAAGAGGGCGAUGAGGGAGUUUGCGGAUGCGGGGGUCGAGGCCGAUGUCCAUGGGCUUUUGGUGGCGAGUGCGGAGCAGGUUUUGGCGGAGUCGGUGGUGGAGAAGCUGAGGCUGGUGAGGAAGCGGUUGAUUGAGGUUGUGGGGAGUGAGAAUGUGGUGUAAGAAUGGGUGUGGUGAAUACAAACGAUAGACGGAAGACAAAAAAGUAUUCUGUCCCUUAUCUAUUCAGGCUGCUUAAGCUCCGAAAUCGCACUUUACAUAACCUUGAGC